CGCUUGACUCGUUCCCGUCCGCCCCCUGGGCCUGGCGGUCGCGCCUGCGCACUGGUAGCUGGCCGGGCGCUCGCAGGGGGAGCUGCUGCAGGCUCCGCGGCGGCGGCGGCAACGGAGGCUGCGGGGGCGACGGCGCUAGCGGCCGGGCUUGGGGGGGGAGCCGAGCCCGGCCCGGGAGCCCGAGCUGCGAGAGUGAGGGGUACCUAGGCCCUUCACGCUGGACUCCACAGUCUCCGGGCCGCCUGACCUCCGCACGGGUAUAUGGGAUGGAAGCGGGACCCUCGGGAGCAGCUGCAGGUGCCUACCUGCCCCCCCUGCAGCAGGUGUUCCAAGCACCUCGCCGGCCUGGCAUUGGCACUGUGGGGAAGCCAAUCAAGCUCCUGGCCAAUUACUUUGAGGUGGACAUACCUAAGAUCGACGUCUACCACUACGAGGUGGACAUCAAGCCCGAUAAGUGUCCUCGCAGAGUUAACAGGGAAGUGGUGGAAUACAUGGUCCAGCAUUUCAAGCCUCAGAUCUUUGGUGAUCGCAAGCCCGUGUAUGAUGGAAAGAAGAACAUUUAUACUGUCACAGCACUGCCCAUUGGCAACGAACGGGUCGACUUUGAGGUGACAAUCCCUGGGGAAGGAAAGGAUCGAAUCUUUAAGGUCUCCAUCAAGUGGCUAGCCAUUGUGAGCUGGCGCAUGCUGCAUGAGGCCUUGGUCAGUGGCCAGAUCCCGGUUCCCCUGGAGUCUGUGCAAGCCCUGGAUGUGGCCAUGAGACAUCUGGCAUCUAUGAGGUACACCCCUGUGGGCCGCUCCUUCUUCUCACCGCCUGAGGGCUACUACCACCCGCUGGGGGGUGGGCGCGAGGUCUGGUUCGGCUUUCACCAGUCUGUGCGCCCAGCCAUGUGGAAGAUGAUGCUCAACAUUGAUGUCUCAGCCACUGCUUUCUACAAGGCACAGCCAGUGAUCGAGUUCAUGUGUGAGGUGCUGGACAUCAGGAACAUAGACGAGCAGCCCAAGCCCCUCACGGACUCUCAGCGUGUUCGCUUCACCAAGGAGAUCAAGGGCCUGAAGGUGGAAGUGACCCACUGUGGACAGAUGAAGAGGAAAUACCGCGUGUGUAAUGUUACCCGCCGUCCUGCUAGCCAUCAGACGUUUCCCUUGCAGCUGGAGAGUGGACAGACUGUGGAGUGUACAGUGGCACAGUAUUUCAAGCAGAAAUACAACCUUCAGCUCAAGUAUCCCCAUCUGCCCUGCCUGCAAGUUGGCCAGGAACAAAAGCAUACCUACCUGCCCCUAGAGGUCUGUAACAUUGUGGCUGGGCAGCGCUGCAUUAAGAAACUGACUGACAACCAGACUUCGACCAUGAUAAAGGCUACGGCUAGGUCGGCCCCAGACAGACAGGAGGAGAUCAGUCGCCUGAUGAAGAAUGCCAGCUACAACCUAGAUCCCUACAUCCAGGAAUUUGGGAUCAAAGUGAAGGAUGACAUGACGGAGGUGACAGGGCGAGUGCUGCCGGCGCCCAUCUUGCAGUACGGCGGCCGGGUGAGCAGGAACCGGGCCAUUGCCACACCCAAUCAGGGUGUCUGGGACAUGCGGGGGAAACAGUUCUACAAUGGCAUUGAGAUCAAAGUCUGGGCCAUCGCCUGCUUCGCACCCCAAAAACAAUGUCGAGAAGAGGUGCUCAAGAACUUCACAGACCAGCUGCGGAAGAUUUCCAAGGAUGCAGGGAUGCCUAUCCAGGGUCAGCCUUGCUUCUGCAAAUACGCACAGGGGGCAGACAGCGUGGAGCCCAUGUUCCGGCAUCUCAAGAACACCUACUCAGGGCUGCAGCUCAUUAUCGUCAUCCUGCCAGGGAAGACGCCGGUGUAUGCUGAGGUGAAACGUGUUGGAGAUACGCUCUUGGGAAUGGCUACACAGUGUGUGCAGGUGAAGAACGUGGUCAAGACCUCGCCUCAGACUCUGUCCAACCUUUGCCUCAAGAUCAAUGUCAAACUCGGUGGCAUUAACAACAUCCUAGUUCCACACCAGCGCUCUGCUGUCUUUCAACAGCCAGUGAUAUUCCUGGGAGCAGAUGUUACACACCCCCCAGCCGGGGAUGGGAAGAAACCUUCUAUUACAGCAGUAGUAGGCAGCAUGGACGCCCACCCCAGCCGAUAUUGUGCUACUGUGCGGGUUCAGCGACCGCGGCAGGAGAUCAUUGAAGACUUGUCCUACAUGGUGCGUGAGCUGCUCAUCCAGUUUUACAAGUCCACCCGCUUCAAGCCUACCCGAAUCAUCUUCUACCGAGAUGGGGUCCCUGAAGGCCAGCUCCCACAGAUCCUCCACUAUGAGCUGCUGGCCAUUCGUGAUGCCUGCAUCAAACUGGAAAAGGACUACCAGCCUGGGAUCACUUACAUCGUGGUGCAGAAACGCCAUCACACCCGCCUUUUUUGUGCUGACAAGAAUGAGCGAAUUGGGAAGAGUGGUAACAUCCCAGCUGGGACCACUGUGGACACCAACAUCACCCACCCUUUUGAGUUUGACUUCUAUCUGUGCAGCCAUGCAGGCAUCCAGGGUACCAGCCGACCUUCCCAUUACUAUGUCCUUUGGGAUGACAACCGUUUCACAGCAGAUGAGCUCCAGAUCUUGACAUACCAGCUGUGCCACACUUAUGUACGAUGCACACGUUCCGUCUCUAUCCCAGCACCUGCCUACUAUGCCCGCUUGGUGGCUUUCCGGGCACGAUACCACCUGGUGGACAAGGAGCAUGACAGUGGAGAGGGGAGCCACAUAUCGGGGCAGAGCAAUGGGCGGGACCCCCAGGCUCUGGCCAAAGCUGUGCAGGUUCACCAGGAUACUCUGCGCACCAUGUACUUCGCUUGAAGGCAGAACGCUGUUACCUCACUGGAUAGAAGAAAGCUUUCCAAGCCCCAGGAGUUGUGCCGCCCAAAUCCAGAGGAAGCAAGGAGGAGGGAGGUGGGCUAGGGAGGAGUGCAGGAGGCCUUGUUUCUUUCUACAGCGGGGUGUGAGCUUUGGAAACAGGGCCAGCAAGACAGACCACCAGCCAGAAAUCUCUAAUAUCAACCCUAUGUCCCCUGCCCUCACCCCAACUUGUCACAUCUGGCCCUGACCCCACUGGACCAAGAGGGGCAGCACUGGUGCCCGCCAUACACACAGGUGUCUCAUGUGACUCACAGUGCUAAAGACUCAUGCUUGACAGCUUGCUAAGGUCGGCUCUGCAGCCCUGUGGACAAAAGCUGGUAGGUUUGGGUUUGAUACUUUAGAUGGGAAAGUGAGGGGCUUGAGAAAGUGGGUGGGAGAGGGAAGGAUUUUUUAGGAGCCUUAAUCAGAAAAGGUCUAGAUUUGUUUAAGAAGAAAAAUGAAACCAGACCCAGAUCAAUAUUUUAGGAUACUAGAUGUUUUAAUGGGUUCAGAAUCCAGUUUGUAGCAAGAUUUUUAAUGCUAAUGGUUUUGGUUGCUCCUCCCCCAGCUGCCACCACCCUUGCCCUUAUUCCUCUCUCUCCACAUUUUCUACCCCACCUUCUCCCUGACAGACAUCUAGCCCCUAGUAACACUUAAGGCACUAUGGCACUUAGCUCUGAAGUGACACGACCCUGUCUUCCUUCCGCCUGCUGGUGGGUAACCAGUGCCUUCCCUGUAACGGUAAUGCUGCAGAACUGCAACCUUUUGUACCUUUCUUUGGGAGAUGGGGUGGGGUGGGAGAGGAGAUAGGUGGGGAAGAAAUAUCCAGAAACCAACGAGCCUCCAGCCAGAAUGCCAGCUUUUUUGCAUUUGAAGGAAUUGACUUCCACAUUCAUUAAGCUUUUAAAAAGAUCAUAACCUCAAGAUGGUUAAAAUCCAUUGACAUUUGCACUUUCAGACGUGACUAGUCUAGGAGCUGCUGAGAUGACUGGCCCCAGGCCUUUCCCCUUAAGCCUCCUUUUUUCCCGUCACCUCUACCUCCUACCCUGCCCAGGCCCGGAGUUAACUUUCAUAGCAUUUCUCACUGUUGGUGUCUUUUUUUCUCCUGAUGGUCAGGUCUCUUAAGUUUCAAUAUUUCUUAACUGGGAUAUCUUACAACAAAUGAUCCUGGUCCAAAAUAAGAAAAAAAAAAAAGAAAACUAAAUAUUAUUUUUAUAUCAUAACUUGAGUCUAUUGCCAAAAUCUGGAAGUCCUUCCCAUGCCUGAUGAGUUUACGUCCUGAAAACAUUGAGCCAUCAGAAGGAACGCUGUACCUGACUUAUUCUCUGGCCUGGCUAGGUAGGGGCUGGUUAAUUCCCCAAGGUGGGGCUCAGGCCCCAUCAUUCCUCUGUGCAGAUAAAACCUUUUCUUGCUACAGGCUCCCUCCUCUGCACUGUCCUGCACUCUCCCCUGCAAGUGCAUCUCCCCUUCCUCUGGGCUGUCCUUUGACCCUUUGGCUCAUCCCAAAUUCCAGCAUGUCCUGUGGACAGGCUGGGGAAUUUUGCUGCUCCCAAAUGCUUCUGUUUACACAAAUGAAUUUUUCCUGGUUUCCCACUAGGGCAUGUGAGUGGGUGGCAUGGGCUUUUUCUUUUCUUUUCUGUCUUGAGAUAAGGGGUUUGACUGUUUUGCAGGACUGAAGAAGAAGGGGGUUCUAACUUGGUCCCUGCUGACCUUGAGGCAAAGUCCCUUCUUUCCUUGACUGUUUUGUUUUUUUCCUUCCCCACUGCUUGGAUGGGGACUUGAAACUUCAGUGUGGAAAUUCCCCCUUAUGAAGAGCCUGGGCUUGGAUUUGCCCCACUCUGGUGAUGAAGCCAUGAUACUUUAGGCCUAGCCCAGGCUUAGAGGCCAGUCAAAGGAAGGAGGGUCUAAAUCCUGGCCUCUGGAGUUGGAGCUGCCCUGUCUUCUCCCCAGCAUCCCUUGUACAGACCCAGAUUUGCUAUGCAAAACAAUCUUUCCCAGGUUCUGUUCUGGUUGGCUACAUUGUUCAGCAACUUCACAAAAUGUAGCACAAAUAUUCAUUAUGGAGAAAGCAUCAGGACUGUUGAAUAAACUCCUCCUAAUCCUUUGCUUUUUUCCUGCUGGCUAUAGCAUGGGUGCCCCAUGGGCACAAGCCCAGCUGAAGAACAGAAUGGAGGGCUCUGGGAGGAGGCAGCUCACUGGAGAGCCUACAUUCCUUACACAAGUGCCUAAAGAGAGUGAUGCCAACACUCCAUCUGCCCUGUCCAUCGCCUUCAUAAACAGUCUACUUCGUGUUCCGUCACCCUUUGGGGAGGGAGCUCUCCUAGGACAAUGGGCUCUGCAUGUUCUCUACUUGGGUACAUUUUGGGGCUGGAGUAAGGGCACUAUUCCUGGAGGGUCCAGUCAUUCACCAGCAUUUGCAAAUGCCCAUAAGAAGCCAGGUGACAGCUACUACUCCCAGCAACAAGUUUACGUGUUUCUCCUUUUCCCUCUUUGCCUCACUCUCUCCAGUUGGGUUUUGAGCUGGGGCUUAAAAUGCAUUUUUAGCCCUUUGGCAUUGCACCGGCCAUGCUUGGGCAAUGACAAGGAAAUAAAUUCUUGCUUUGAUUUUUGCUUGUUUUUUGGAUGCUUGAGACUUGAAAAAUACCACUGAUCUCAUGGAUUAUUCUUGUUUGAAAGGUGGUACAUGGAGAUUAAAAAGUGGAGUUGGCAGGAAGCUUUGCUUGGAUUCGGUUUGAGAGGUGCUUCUUACUGAAGCUGUGAGGUAACACCGGGGGAACCCAACCUCAACCUCUUAGACAGGUCUCUCGCUCCCUUUGUUCCCUUUGUUCCACUGUUUUGCCUUCCUUCUUCUCUUCUCACUUUCCAUGGCUCCUUUUUCCUUUUCCCCCUAAUCACUUAGCUUGCUUGCCUGCCUGCCUGCCUGCCUGUCUGCAUAUGUGAUGAUGAAUUCUCUGCAUGGCUGCAGUGACCCUAUUGUUAGCUGGCAAGACAGGCUUAGCUCCUUGACUGCAGAAGACCAAGAACUUCCUCCGCAUACCCAGUGGUGUUAACUCUUAACCCUGGGUUGGACUGUUCUCUUUUCCCAAGCUUCCACUGGGGCAGAGUAGCAGGCCUGCCCAGCUGGCAUGAAAUUAGGAGGGCUUCUGGCAGUUUCCAUACCUAUCCACUCCUUUGAACUGAUUUCUCUUGUUGCUUUUUCUAAAUCUGCUUCCUUUUCUCUCUAUCUGGGGCCUCACUUUUCUUGACGAUGUUCUAGGGUUGAGCUACCUGGGUAGCCAGGGUGGCAAGUUAAGGGAUGGACAUGGGGAAGCAGAGAGUGAAGAGAUGAGAAUGGAGAGAGUUUGGCUAAAAGGUGGGAAAGGAGAGCACUGCUCUUUGAUUGUUUAUCCAGUCCAGCCUGACCCAUGGUGGGGUUGAGGUGCUAUUGCUGGCCUUUGGGGAUAAGCCUGGGGCUACUGUUGCUGGGAACUUAGGCUUAGGAUAAAGCUGAAGAAGUAGGCACCUAAAAGUGUAAAAUUGCCCUAAAAUGCUCUCAGUUCCCAUCUGCUAGAUAGCUUUUCUGUGGCCUCCUCUUUGGCUAAGCAGCAACGUUUUUGGAUAGUUUGGGUCUUUCUUUCUUUUUCUUUUCCUUCUUCCUUUUCUUUUUCUUUUCUUUUUCUUUUUUUUUUUUUUUUUGGUCCAGAAUCCUGUGACUGAGGAUUCGCUUGUGAUGGGCAGCCAAGGGAACACUGACUUCUUAGCUGGCCCGUAGGAUGUCUGCAAGGCUGAGCGGGACAGUGUUUUAGAGCUGGCAUCGUGUGUAACAAAUAAGGACGGAAGCUUCUUCCCCAUUAGGGUAGAAAAGUCAUCUCAAACUAGCCAAAAGGCAGUUUUGGAAAUUAUGUCGGAGAAAGUUAUUUUUAUUUAUUUACUGGGCCUAGGCCAAUCCAGGAUGGUAGCUGGGAUGCCUUCCUUCUUAAAGUCUGAUCAUGGCAGGGAUACGCAAGGCACUCUUUCCUGUUUGGCCUUCUAAGCAGACUGGGGAGGAGGGCCUCUCUGGUUCUCUCCUUCUCCUCACUACUUGGACUUGCCUUCUCCCUGAGUAGGGAGAGAGGCUGGGUUGGUGCUCUCCCCUUACUCUACUCCUACUGACUUAGAACCUCUGGCUGCUGUUUGGGAGCUCAAGAAAGGGAGUGGAAGAAAUGGGCUCAAACAGAAUGAAGUGGGAAAGGCAGAUUUCCUUCUUUUAAAAGGAAAAUAGGAAACCCUCCAAGAAUUGUGCAAGUAAAGACAAUGUGUCAAAUGCACUGAGUCCCCUGAUGUAGUAGCAAUAAGGAAAAAUGAAAUUACUUCCCUGGGCACACAGUCCAACCUGAUUGGUGUGUGAUGUUGCACUUAGCAGCCAUGUGGUGGGCAUGUGUGACUACUCUGGGUUUCACUUUAGUUUCUAAACUUUUUAUCCCUCUCAAGUCCAGCAUGGAUGGGGAAAUGUCCCUGAAGCCCCACAGCUGUGUACUUGUUUGCAUUUGUUUCCCUUUGAGACUUGUGUUUGUGUCCUGCUUUGAGCUGUACCUUGUCUAGUCCAUUGUGAAAUUAUCCCAGCAGCUGUAAUGUACAGUUCCUUCUGAAGCAAGCAACAGCAGCAGCACAAUUCUGUGUUUUAUAAAGACAACAGUGGCUUUUAUUUCUAAA